GAGUGAUCCCAGCAUGGAAGAGGUGGAUUCCCGUUUCCUGCACCUGCUGCAGCCCAUCCGGGACCUCACCCAGAACUGGGAGGUGGACGUGGCGGCGCAGCUCGGGGAGUACCUGGAGGAGCUGGAUCACAUCUGCAUUUCCUUCGACAACGGCAAAACCACCAUGAACUUCAUGGAGGCGGCGCUGCUGAUCCAGGGAUCCGCCUGCAUCUACAGCAGGAAGGUGGAAUAUCUCUACAUGCUGGUCUGCCAGACACUGGAUGGCAUCUCCAACAAAAGGAGGGAGAAGCUCCCCACUUCCCUGGGCCCCGACGGCCGCGAUGCCGACGCCACCUUCGGGAACAAGGAGCAGGAGUUCCUGUCCCUGGAUGACAUCCCCAGGAGCAGCCAGGACAGCGUCAACAUGAGGAGGAGUCAGCAGCUGCCUGCCACCAACAUCGUUCCCCUGACCCCGAUGUCCCUGGUGGCUCCGGAAGAGACGGAGAAGAAGGAAAAUCCCCUGCUGAGCCGGAGGGGCGAGGUGCUGGCGAGCCGCCGGGAUUUCCGCAUGAACACCUCCACCCUGCACGCUUCCGGAACCUUCCUGCUGGAGCUGGCCCGCCUGUCCCCGAGCCACCUGGGGACAGACACAGGGCCAGCGGGACCCGGCCUCCAGCAGCAACUGAGCGCCACCGUGUCACCUGUGAGGGCACUGAGCUUCUCCCAGGAGCCAGGUGCUGCGGGAUCUGACGAUGACGACGCUCCCGAGGCCCCGGGAGGUGACAUGGAAGUGACUCCGGUCCCCACCGAGCACAUCGAGGCUCAGAGGAGCUCUCCCCGGAUCCGGGGCUGUGUCCUGAGGGAGAGAUUCCCCAGCCGGGACCCCAAAACACACAGCCAGGAGGAGCCGAGCCCCUGGCAGAGCCUGGAUCCCUUCGGAGACUCCGAGGAGAAACCCUUCAGGAAAGGGAGGCCGUUCCUGCUGCCCCAGGGCCUGGAGGCCCCGGUGGGGGGCAAGAGGAAGAGGAGGGCCCUGAGGAAGCUGCAGGAUUUCAGCCGCUGGUUCUCCGCAGUCUACAGCAGCGUCCCCCCGGGCAGGAGGGGCAGGAGGAGGGGUCCCACCUUCGCAGACCUGGAGGUGCUCUACUGGCGGCACUUCAAGGAGAGGAUGAUGAUGCACAGGAAGCUCCGGGGCCGGGGGGAGCCGCAGCAGGAGCUGGAGCAGGAACGGGAACGGGAGCGCGGGGCCGACGGGGCCCAUAGGGGGGUCCCAGGUGAGGAUUUUGGGGCGCUGGAGGACGAGCACCCCGAGGAGCCGGAGGAGCCGGGGGAAGGAGCCCUGGAGCCCCCCGAGCCCGGAUACGAGGAGCUGGUGCGCAGGAACGUGGAGCUGUUCAUGGCCAGCUCUCAGAAGUUCGCUCAGGAGUCGGAGCUGUCCCAGCGGAUCCGGCUGUGGGAGGAGCGCGUGGAGCCGCUGCUGCAGGAGCAGGAGAGCCGUGUCCCGUUCGAUGUCCGAGCCUAUGGCCUGGCACUGACCGCUCGGUGUCCGUGCCCCGGCCGCUGGCACUCUCUGGCCAGCCUGGUGGCCGGGCAGCCGCCGUUCGAGGUGUGCCGGUACCUGCUGGCCUCUCUGCAGCUGGCCAACGACGCCGAGGUGGAGCUGGCUCAGGACGCGGGGCUGGAGGCGGCGCUGGACACGGCGCGGCUGCGGCCGCUCUCGGCCCGCCCGGCCCACGAGCGCUUCCAGAACUUUCUGCUGCCUUCCCAGAGCCAGCCCAGCCCCCAGUGACAGCCCCCUCCCCAAAUAAACACCCCCCA